AUGGAAGCUGAAUACGUAGCAGCUUGUGAAGCAGCAAAAGAAGCAGUAUGGCUAAGAAAAUUCUUGACAGAUCCGAAAGUCAUUCCAAAUAUGCAUCUACCAAUCACUUUAUACUAUGAUAAUAGUGGUGCAGUUGCAAAUUCAAGAGAACCUAGAAGCCAUAAAAGGGGAAAGCAUAUUGAACGCAAGUAUCAUCUUAUCAGGGAAAUUGUACAUCGUGGUGACGUUGUAGUAACUCAUAUUUCUUCUGAGCAAAACAUUGUUGAUUCUUUUACAAAAGCCCUCACGGCUAAAGUGUUUGAGGGUCACCUACACAGUUUAGGUCUACGAUGUUUCCAUUCACACUCUCAAUCUUUCAUCCCUCCAAUUUCUCACAAAAUCCUCUCUCGCCGACUUCCAUCGACACAGAAAGUAAUCGAAGCAACUCUCCAACUUCUGAAGCCCAAACCAUUUGCUGGAGCUAAUGUGUUCGUCUCUCGUAAUCUUGUCGCUUCGGAGAUGUUCGAUCCUUUUCACGACGCUCUCAAGCAGAAUGGGGCUGAGGUUUUCCUCUGUUGCGAUCCCUCUCAAAACGCCCCUAACGACUAUCAUGUUAUCUCCUCCGCCGAUCACGCAAAGUUCGAGGAUCUUCGCGCCAAGGGAUGCAACUUGUUAGGUCCUCAGUGCGUGAUGUCAUGUGCAAAAGAGCACAGACCUCUUCCUCAACAGGGUUAUACUUGCUGCCUUGCCAUGGAUGGUGUGAAAAUCUUGGCAUCCGGUUUUCAGGAAGAUGAAAAGGUACGUUGAGAUAGGGAAGUUAGUUAGUGCAAUGGGGGAGUAUUGCAUACGAAAGCAUCACUAGAUUGGGCACUAAACAUUUCAAAGAAACCAAUCGUGUCAUUUUCUUGGUUACAACAAUGCUGGAUUGAACAUCGUGUUGUGCCUCAGGAGGGAUAUCGGGUCCUUCCAUUUUCUGGACUGAAUAUUUCGGUAUCUGGAAUUCCUGCAGGUGAGUGCAAGGAGAUGGCAAAGCUUAUCUUGCAAAAUGGUGGAAGAUAUUCUGCCGAUCUCACAAGAAAGUGUGACAAGUACAAGGUUGCACGAACGUGGGGCCGUAUCAAUAUUGUUACUCGGAAAUGGUUUGAUCAGUCCAUAGCCAGAAAAGGAUGUUUUAAUGAGGAGCUGUACCCUGUUGGUAGCGUUUCUGGAACUUCAAAUAAAUUGACAAGGGGUUGCUUGACUGCUCACAAUAGCCAAGAAAAGGAUAUUGGGAACUUGGAAGCUGUACCGUCCUCAUUUCUUACCGAUUCAAAAUUCACAGCAGUUGCUGGUCCUGGGUUUUCAGACAUGGAUGUUAUUACUCUUUCACAGAGCACGUCUAUGUUUUCAGAUGCUUCUAAUUUUAUAAAUGAGGUUGAUGUUGAAGUGCCAGUCACGAUGGGAAGGAAUGAAGAAAACACUGUUAAUUGUCUUGCAAAUGACUUUUAGUCUGAAGAAAACGACCUAUAUUUGUCAGCAUGUAGAAUAAAAGUUGUUGGGUUUGAAGCUUCUGAGAUGCGGAAGAUUGUAAAUAUGAUUCUCAGAGGUGGAGGCUCCCGAUACAUGGUUUUCAAUGACAAAUUAACACACAUAAUAGUUGGAGAUUCGUCAGAAAUGGAGAAAAAGGAGGUUAGAGAUAUUGCUACUUCAGGAGUUGUUCAUGUGGUUAGAUCCAACUGGCUUGAAGAGUGUGACCGUCAGAAGAAGGAGAUCCCUAUUCUUGGUAGACACAUGGCAUAUGAUGAACUUAUUCCUAAAGCAUCUAGUAAAAUGAGCACCAUUGUUAUGGAUCAAAAUAAAGUUCCAAAUGUUCAUCCAAUCGUGCCAUCAAAUGUGUCAGAAGGAAAUAUUCAUGUUAGCAUUGGAAAGACGUCAAUAGCAGUGGAAAGAAUUGAAGAAAAAAGUGAAACAAAAGUGAAUGGAGACAGGAAAAUGAAAUUAUCCCAGAAAAGCCAACAAUGUGUAGCAAAUGGUACAAACAAGAGUUGAGAAAAGAUGGGGCGUGAUUUCAUGGUUUCAAAUGGGAAGUCAUCAUGUGUAUUUAAGGGGAAAAUAUUUUGUUUUUCUAGUUCCUUUCCAGAAGAUCGGAGAGCUGAAAUUGUUGAAUGGAUAAAUCAAGGGGGAGGCGAGGUUGUUGAAGAUCACAUGAAGCAGAAAGUGCACUUCACUGUUGAAUGUCAUGGUGGGAUACCAAGGAGUACAGACGUUCAUAGUACUUAUGUGUCAAGUCAUCGGGUUCGAUCAUGUUUAGAGGAUGGAUGUUUGUGGGAUACCAAUGGGCACAUUCUCUAUUCUCCUCUUCCUUGCUGUGUCCCUUUGCCUGGAUUUGAAAACAUACGGUUUUGUGUUUCACAAUAUGAUGAUAAAGACAGAGUAUUGUUAAGAAAUCUGUGUUUUGUACUUGGGGCCAAGUUUGUGGAGAAGCUGACAAAGAAGGUAACCCAUCUAAUAUGCAAGUUCACCGAUGGGACAAAGUAUGAGGCUGCUUGUAAAUGGGAACAAUGCAUUACAGCUGAAUGGAUAUAUGAGUGUGUCAGACAGAGAAAGAUUGUCUCUCUUGAUUUGUAUCGCCCAAAAGAAGUUACAGCUCAAGACAGAGCGGCAGGCUUAUGCACUGUCAGCCAAUUUCCUACUCGCUGCCCAAUGAUAGCCAAUGAAAGCGUAUCCCAGUUUCCUAUCCAUUCUACCAUUCCGAGAGACCAAUCAGCUGGAACUAACAGUAGCUUUAUAGGAGCAGCUGAACGAAUAAGUUCUACUAAAAAAAAGCGCAAGUUCUUUGACGAAGCCAUACAAAAGCGUUCACUUUUUGUUGGAAACAGUUCCACUCAAUCUGACUGCAAUUUGAAUUCCACAAAACAAACUACAUCAAAAUCUUCUGUAGUAACUUCACACGUUCCUGAUGUCGCUUCCGCAAUUGAGGACUUAUUGGAGCAGACAACUAAGAUUCAAGAUCAGAAGUCACCUGGAAAGACUGGCUGCGAUAAAAGUAUUUUCCCGCCAGACUGUUCGCUUGUUGGUCAAGACCAUUCAGAAACUUCUCCAAUUGGUGCUUUAUCUAACCAGUGGUCAAAAAGGUAUUUUCUCAGAGCUGAAAGAAAAGAAGAUGUCGGCAAUUCUACUACUGAAGAUGGGACUGUGGGCAUAUGUGAUGGCUUUAGUGAAACACAAACGGAGUCUCAGGUUGUGGGUUAUGAGGAGGAUUUGUCAGGAAGGCAAAUGCUCUUGGACAAAGUUCGAACCCGGAGUAGCAUGACUUGAAGUUACAUCCUGCCCUUGUAAAUACGACGCCUUAAAGAUAGUGGUAGGACUUGGUGCUGGAUUGUGAAGGUUUGAUUAGAACUCAUUUUCCUUAGAGUUUAAUGUUAUUCAAGCACUAUUUUCAUUUAGAAGUUGUAGAAAACGUUUGAACCUUGAUUGAUUGUAUAGUCAACCAAAAUGAUUUAAAAGAAAAGUUAUUGAAGAUGGGGAUUACAUGGGGAUUUUAUCUAUUGUCUUGUGAUUCAAUGACAUCUUGGCACUUGUAAGCUGGAAAUUAACCAAUAUUAGUUCGAUUUGCAAGUAACACAGAAGAUUUUUGGA